AUGCUCAGUGUCGAGAAUAAAGUCGUGGCCCCGCCCAUGGUGUACAUUGCCGGCGAAGAAAUGACCCGCUACGCCUGCGAUCUCGUCGUCAAAUCAUGGCUAGAGCCGUACUUUGAUCUUUCCCAAUGGGAAUAUUUCGAUCUUUCUUGCGUCAAUCGCGACAACACCAACGACCAAGUCCUCCGGGACGCCGUCACGGCGGGACAACGCAUCGGGGCCAUCUUCAAGGAACCCACCAUUACUCCCAGUGCUAUUCAAAAGAAAGCCUUUGGGUUGAAAAACAGUUUGGGCAGUCCCAAUGGUGCCAUGCGGGCGGGUUGGAAUGGCAUUACCAUUUCGCGUGAUACCAUUCAUAUUGACGGCAUUGAACUGGGUUACAAGCGACCCGUCUUUUUUGAACGACACGCCGUCGGAGGGGAAUAUGGAGCCGGAUGGAGCAAGGUCGGGCGAGGCACGCUGUUGACGACCUAUUUGCCGUCGGAUGGGAGGGAUCCCUUUGUCGUUGACAAACGUGAUUUGACCGAUCAGCAUAAUGUGGUCGUCACCUACCACAAUCCCUACGAUAACGUUGAACCCCUCGCGCACUUGUUCUUUCAGCGAUGUCUCGACGCCAACAUUACACCCUACGUGGUGACCAAAAAGACCGUCUUUAAAUGGCAGGAAGGAUUCUGGGCAGUCAUGAAAGACGUUUUCGAUGAGCAUUACAAGUCUCGAUUUGAGGAGAAGGGCCUUUUGCAAGCCUGUGGCGGAGAUUUGCAGCAUUUGAUUUCCGAUGCUGCAACGAUGCAGCUCAUUCGUUGGACCGACGGCGGCUUCGGUAUGGCGGCUCAUAACUAUGACGGUGAUAUGCUGACGGAUCAGAUUGCCCAAGUCCACCGGUCGCCAGGUUUCAUCACAAGCAACCUGGUCGGCAAGGCCCCUGACGGAAGCCUCAUCAAAGAGUUCGAAGCCUCCCACGGUACCGUCAGUGAUUUGUGGAACGAUCAUUUGGCCGGUAAAGAAACGUCUCUGAACCCUCUCGGUCUUGUGGAAGCUAUAGUUGGUGCACUCCAACACGCAGCCGUCCUUGAU